AUGCCGAAUCCCCAGACGUAUGGUGCUCGUGGAUUGCGAAAACGUGACAUCCAGCUGUGCAAGACAGUGUUUGUGGCUGCCAUCAGCCAGAUACUAUAUGCUCGACACGCUUUCCCAUCGAACUUCUUCCAUGUCUUACCCCUGAGCGACCUUGUGUCAAAGACGUAUGAAGAGAUCAUGGCUUCAGGAUCAGGCAUACCGAUUUUUGACCGAGAAAUCUUGAGAGAACAAUCGACCACCGUAUUCUUGCACCAGGAUGUCGAUUACGACCUCAAACGCUUCUUGGGCAUCCUGACUCACGACAUAUUUCCCAUUCUGGAAACCGAAAAUCUGGCCAGAUUCCGCAUCAGCUUUUUGAGAUCAGCAACUUGGGACGAGGACUGUUUGAUCGAGUACUACACCUUGGUGUUCAAGUACCCCCCUGACGGAAAAUGUGGAAUCGACAUUUGGAGAGCAGGCAUCGGGGAGCAACACAUAUCUGACACCAAUUUCAAGCUCUGGAAUUUGGGUGACUACCUAAACCGGCUUCCCUCUCUUAACGGGCCUCUGCAUUGGGCUAUGGCCUUUCACGCAAACGAAAUUCCAGAUAUUCCCACCAUUGGAUUCUGGAAGUUUGAUCGUACCGAGUUCGACGAUGCAAAUCUCAAGCUUCAACAGAAAGAGGGAUACCGUUACGACCGAAUCGCGAGCCUGGAGAUAGAACCACUUCGACCAGACUCUCAACAAAUCGAGAGCGUACCUGUUGUUCCCGUCAGUCAGAGCACCAACAACCAUAAGCCGUCUUCUCCCUCUGUGCAACUUGACACUACACCCCAGGAGUUUGAAGCUCCAAAACCCAAGAAACAGGCAAACACGAAGCGCAAAGCGGUCCAAGAGCCAUUACGAGCCAUCAACACACGGCAGAGAACACUGCGAGCCCAAGAAACAGAAAAGGUGAACCCACCAUUGAAAGCAAAAGAGACUCAAGCUGGACAUAAAGCUUCCCCAGUUCAGAAUCGAGGGUCACAGGGCAAAACCACCGCAAAGGGUUCACAAAAGAAGGCAACUCGGCCGAGCGCAAAGAAGCCGAAUGCGAAAGCAAAACAAGUGACAAAGACGACACAAAAGCCAGCCUCGACACAGAAGCAGGCACCAACUCCAGGACCUCCUAGCACUCAGAAGAGGAAGCCAAAGCGUCCCUUGCAAAUUUAUGAAGACGUAACAUCCAAUCUGCCUGAAACCCAAGAGGUUGCACGCGAGAGCCAGACACAACAAAGUCAACUGUCCCGAACCAGAAGCAGCAAGAGACUUGCCGCAAAUGACGGCGGUCUGGUAGGAGGUAAUGUCUCGAACACAAGGGCCAAAAGGGUGAAGGCCGCUCAUCCUCCUCGUCCGCCUCCUCCUCCUCCUCCCGCACGUAUGUCCUCCACACCGGAUGCCCAAGCUGUGUCCGACUUCUUGGAAAGCAUCGAUGAGGAUCACCUUCUGGAUACCCCUCCGGACGCGCGGCAAGGUCCACCGUCCUUCGCUGUUACACCCGCUUUUUUGCGAACGGAUUCGGUCCCGGAAAAUAUGGAGAACGCAACCGCCGGUGACGAACACAUCGGCGAUAGCUUGAUGGAUGACCCCAACAAUAGAUAUCCGCCCACCGAUAUGUCUUUCGAUUUCCAGCCGCUUCAGACGUCACAGACUGAGAGGAUGUUUCCGGGGAUUCUUGACAGUGAGGAUGAGGAUAGCCCAAUCGUAAGUCUCGUCAGCAGACGACAGAGCGGCCACGCCUGA